GUGAACUUACGUUUAUAAAAGCCGUCCGUUUGGGGAGGUUUUCCCGACACCUUUACAUCACACGUGUAGCUGCUGCUCAAGGUUAUUCGAGUCGACGCUGUGACGCUCGAUUCAGCCUUUUUCCCUCGUGCGACAUCUGUUUCCCUUUUGCUGAGGCAAACUUGGAAACGGUCGUUUGCAAGAUAAAAGAGUUGUUUUACUCUUUACGAAUGCGUAGUUGUUGUCGAUACAUGAUUGCCGUCGUCGAAGCCCGUCACCUAUUGCGUACCACGUCCGAAUCUCCGAUUGAUUAACAUUUGCUAUGGCUGCCAAGAAGCAGCUAAACCAGGCCGGCGACGACGGUCUGAGGAACGACACGUACCUGUUGGAUGUUGAGGAGGUUGUUCAACACCUCGACACCAACCUAGAAAAAGGUCUCACCGCUGAUGAGGCCCAGAAAAGGAUCUCAAAAUAUGGGGAGAACACGUUGGGAAUGGACGCGGGUGUGUCCAUCUGGAAGGUGUUUAUAGCCAACUUGAUCAACCCGAUGAACUUUGUUUUGAUUUUGGCAUUGGCCUUGUCGUGCAUUGUCAAAGAUUGGGUUCAAGCUUCCGUACUUGCCGUGGUGAUUGCUACAAACACUGCUAUCGGAUUCGCCCAAGAGUACAGCUCGGAAAAUACCAUGGCUGCAUUGAAAAAACUGUCAGCUCCCACUGCCACCGUCUACAGAUCUGGCAAACCCGAGACAAUUUCUAGUCGUGAAGUAGUUCCCGGUGAUAUUGUUGCUGUGGAAGAAGGGGAUCAAAUCCCUGCCGACUUGCGUCUAUUUGAAGUGGUCAACCUCGAGAUUGAUGAAAUGCUCUUGACUGGCGAGUCUAUGCCCGUCCGAAAGAUCGCCGACCCACUUGUUGCGCCUUCUGAUGGAUACAUUUCAGUUGGAGACAGAAUCAACUUGGCAUUCAGCAGUACUACAGUCACUCGUGGUCGUGGAAAGGGUAUCGUUGUUGCCACUGCCCUGCGUACCGAAGUUGGUAGAAUUGCCAAGCUUUUGAAUGAUGGAGGAAACGCUGGAGGUCAGGAAUUUGAAGAAAAGGAUGACACCACCAAAGGAACUAUUCUUCGGUUCAUCAGAAAGCUUCCUGGGUUCAAGAAAACGAACAAAACGCCUCUCCAGAGAACGUUAGAUCGCAUGAUGUUCUUGCUACUCGCUAUUUGCGUGGUCCUUGCUGUGUUUGUGUUCUGGUCAAACGACUGGGAGUGGUCUGAAUCUGUUGCCCUAUAUGCUGUGGCCGUUGGAGUCGCUAUCAUUCCCGAAGGUCUCCCAGCUGUUGUCACGGUUACCAUGGCUGUUGGUGUGCGCUCCAUGGCCAAACAAAAGGCUGUCGUCCGAAAACUUGUAUCUCUCGAAGCGAUUGGAAUGGUGACCAACAUUUGCAGUGAUAAGACGGGAACCUUGACCGAAGGAAAGAUGACCGCAAAAGAAUGCUGGGUUGCCGGACAAUCUCUCAUUGUGGAAGGCACUUCGAUCGAUCCUACCAAUGGUGGGGUCGCUCGUGAUGGAAAGCUGUUAACGACUGAAGAUAUUGAAAAGGACCGCGUGCUUAAUGAAUACUUUUCGUGCGCCGCCCUUUGCAACCAGGCUUCCCUUACAGCGCCCGAAGACCCCACCAGCACUGACCUGUCCAAAACCACUUGGACCGGUAUUGGCGAUCCUACCGAAGUCGCUCUUCAGGUUUUGGCCCACCGAGUCCACAUGGGCAAGCCAGAUCUUUUGGAGAAGCUAAAGUGUACCUUUGUCGCCGAGAUGGCUUUUGACCCCACCUUGAAGCGUAUGACUACGAUCUAUGCGAUCUCCAACAAGGAGGGUACUUACCAGCUUAAAUACCACAUGAAAGGAGCAUUGGAACGUGUUCUUGAAUGCUCUACCGGCUACUACGACUCUGAGGGUAACGUGCAAGACAUGGACAACUCGAUUGUCGAGCGUUCUCAGCAAGCGAUGGAAGCGUUGGCUGACAAGGGUCUUCGUGUACUUGCUAUUGCUCACCGUGACGAACAACAUGGAUCUAAAGAUCUCCCUGUUUACGACGUGGUGAGCGACCGUCAUCAUGUGGAGCAGAAUAUGACAUUCAUCGGUCUAGUCGGUAUUUAUGACCCGCCACGUGCUACUUCUGCGUCGGCCGUCAAAGUUUGCGGUGAAGCUGGCAUUGAUGUGCAUAUGGCUACGGGAGAUCACGCCAAAACCGCCACUGCUAUUGCUCAACAGAUUGGUAUCCUGAAACCCGGCCAAGACCACCUCGUGUACACAGCCAACCGGUUUGAUAACAUGACUGAUGCGGAAAUCGAUGCGAUGCCCCAGCUACCUCUGGUGCUAGCGCGCUGCUCGCCUGAAACCAAGGUGAAACUUGUCGCCGCUCUUCACCGUCGUGGAAAGUUUGUUGCCAUGACAGGUGAUGGUACCAACGAUGCCCCUGCCUUGAAAUCGGCGGAUGUCGGUAUUGCCAUGGGUCUCAUGGGCUCUGAUGUCGCCAAGGAAGCGUCUGAAAUCGUUCUUACGGAUGACAACUUUCAAUCGAUCGUUGCUGCAGUUAGGGAAGGGCGUAGGAUCUUUGCGAAUAUUUGCAAGUUCUCGCUCAACUUUUUGAGUGGAAACGUAUCCGAAGUCAUUUCCAUGGUCGUUGGAUUGGCGAUUCGCGGUAGCGAUGGGGCUGCCUACUUUCCCAUGUCAGCAAUUCAGGUCUUGUGGCUCAAUAUGAUUACCAGUUCGCCCAUCUGUCUCUGUCUAGCUCGUGAAUUGGCGGCUAAAGACAUUAUGCAGCACCCUCCCCGUGGGCAACGUGCCAUUAAAGAGCAUCAGGAUCGUAUUGACAGUGGAGUCGACGCCGGCACUGCUGGCCCAGCCCCCAAAGCGAAUACGUCCAUUUUCACCAAGCGCUUCAUGGUGGACGUGUUCUUCUACGGUACGCUAGCAGGUACGCUCUCCCUCGUAUCCUUCAUCAUCUCCCUUGCCGCCGCGCCCAAAGGACUCCACGGAUACAGCGGUGACCUUUGCGCUGGACACGACUAUAUUGAAUCUGAAUGCAAAGAAGUCUUUCAAGCUCGUGGCGCGGCCUUUAUGGUCUUGAACACGAUUCUUCUCGUUCAUGGAUGGAACUGCCGUCGUGAGAAGGAGUCUACCCUCUUUGGCUACGACUCGCAUCCCAAGAACAACUGGGCCCUCUUUUGGGCUAUUGUCGGUGGAUUCGUUAUCACACUCCUUACGCUGGUGAUACCUGGCCUGAACACCAAAGUCUUUUCUCAAGAGAUGUUUGGAUGGGAGUGGGGUUUGGUUGCUGCAUCGGUGGUUAUUUUCUUGGCUGGUUCUGAGCUUUACAAGCUUGUCAAGAGGAACUUGGCGAGGAAAAGGGAUUUGAAGCGGUCGGUUAGCCAUGAUUCGAUCGAGAUUGCAUAGAUGGGAAGGGAUGGGGGUGGGGAGUCUUUACCAAUUAUAUACUACGGAACUUACAGUAGGGGUGUAUGUACACGACGAACUUUAUGCAAUGUGUUAGGAUAGGAAUAAAAGUCAAGGGACUAUGUAUUGAAUGGCGCUUAAUGAUGAUUGUAUGGACAUGAAAAUAUAUGCCCCCUUGCCAGGCA